UUAUAAUUUUUUCAGUGUGUGUAUAUAUAUAUAUUCUUUUUUUUCUUUUUUCUGCACCAAACCACAUUCGAUUUUACCACCAGGUUUUACAGCCUGGACACGGCACAGACAAACCGUUCGACCGGAGGGCUUUCGGCCCGCUCCGCGCUCGCGCUUCGUCUCCAGCGCGCUUCUCACGCUGCAUCUUCAAAAAGUCGGAGCCGCGGGUCACGUGCCUUUGGCGCGUGACGUCAUUUCUCCGGAUAAAAAUGAGAAAGAGAAAGCCCCCCUAUCCAUUUUGAAUGUCCGUGUUACAGAAACAGGACGUCGGCUCACGGCUUAACUGAUCGGAUAAAGCGGGACACCGCGGUGUGUGUGUGUGUGUGUGUGCGCGCACCGGGCUCGCGCGCGUUUUAGCUCGUCGGAACAGCACGGACGCUCGAGCGCGCUCUGAGCGGCGCGUUGAACGGAACAGGUGUCGAUAGAGGAAAGAGAGAGAGAGAGAGAGAGAGAGGAAGGGAGCGCGUCUUGUACGCAACGCAACUCGAACCGAGAGCCAUGGAGGGCUUGGUGAACGUCUCAGCGCCUCUCCAUCAUUUCUCCCAUCAACCCAACAUCAGCGCCCUCUGCCCCAACCUGAGCUCCGGUGGUGGCUGGAACGGGAGCGCGCUGGAGAACAGCACGUGUGAGCGACCCGCCGACGUGAACAAAGGAUCGACCCCUGUCAUCAUCGCCAUCGUCAUCACCGCGCUUUACUCCAUCGUGUGUGUGGUGGGGCUGGUGGGCAACGUGCUCGUCAUGUAUGUAAUCAUCAGAUACACCAAAAUGAAGACUGCAACAAACAUCUACAUCUUUAACCUGGCACUUGCAGAUGCCUUGGCUACCAGUACCCUCCCCUUCCAAAGUGUGAACUAUCUCAUGGGCACCUGGCCUUUUGGGGACAUCCUGUGCAAAAUCAUCAUGUCGAUUGACUAUUACAACAUGUUUACCAGCAUCUUUACGUUGACCACUAUGAGCGUAGACCGCUACAUUGCCGUGUGCCAUCCAGUGAAAGCUUUGGACUUCAGGACCCCACGCAAUGCCAAGAUCGUAAACGUCUGCAACUGGAUCCUGUCAUCUGCUAUUGGCCUGCCAGUCAUGAUAAUGGCUUCAACUAUCACUACACUCGAUUACCACAGCAGCGGCAUAGUUGACUGCACUCUUGUGUUCCCUCACCCAUCCUGGUACUGGGAGAACUUGCUAAAGAUCUGUGUUUUCAUCUUUGCCUUCAUAAUGCCUGUGUUGAUUAUCACUGUGUGCUACGGCCUGAUGAUCCUGCGCCUAAAGAGUGUCCGCAUGCUGUCUGGCUCCAAGGAGAAGGACCGCAACCUGCGACGCAUCACGCGCAUGGUGUUAGUGGUAGUGGCUGUCUUCAUCGUGUGUUGGACCCUUCACAUCUUUGUGAUCAUCAAGGCCCUGGUGACCAUACCCAACUCUCUACUGCAGACCAUCACCUGGCACUUCUGCAUCGCCUUGGGUUACACCAACAGCUGUCUCAACCCAGUGCUCUACGCCUUCCUGGACGAGAACUUCAAGCGAUGUUUUCGUGAGUUCUGCAUACCCAGUCCGUCAGUGCUGGACCUGCAGAACUCGAUGCGCUCAACGCGCACCCGCAACCCACAGCGCGACGCUCAAUCCAGUCCCACAGUAGACCGAACCAACCGGCAGGUAUGACUAGCAGUGGAGAUGUCAUCACUGGAUUUGCGCUGCCAGCCCAGUGUUGACAUCAACUCAGAACUCACACAAGUCACCACAGGUCUCUGAGCCGUGGAUGGAACUACCGGUCCGCUGUGAUGGUCAUGGAAAUCUCCCAUAACCAAUCUAGAUUUAUUCUUAAAAACAAAAUUUAAUAUGAUAGAAGUAGUGUGACUUUACAGUUUGAAUGUGCACCACUCAAGCUGAAUUUAGCUUCUUAGAGGUAUAGUUUACCAAGAGGAAUCGUUACAUGAACACAAUAAAAAUCAAUGAAGUCAGUAGCUCAGAAUUGCUUGCGCAUGUUGUCCAUUAGGCCAAUUCUGGUUUAUAGGCCAACAUAGGCUGUAUAAUAAACAUUGCCUUUAUGCUUUCCUUCAAUUUCUCUUACUGUUUGUGACUGCACAAUCAGAAAAUGACUUUUCUGAAAAGAAAUAGUUUCUUUUCUAAUUUCUUUAAUACUGUAAAUAUUGUAAAUAAUAUUUUCCUAAGCAAAAUCAGUGCUUUAUAUUUGUUAAAAUGUGCCAUUUGAUUG